AUGGGAUGGCAAGGGUCUUUCAGUGGUAAAUCAAAAAAACCAACCGUUGUUUUGGAAGCAGUAGCAUCUUUUGACACAUGGAUUUGGCAUGCUUUCUUUGGAAUCCCGGGGGCCCAAAAUGACAUCACCGUACUCGGGCGUUCACCUCUCUUCGAUUCCCUUACGGAGGGUAACUCACCUCAACUAGACUACUACAUCAACAGUCAUCGGUACAACAUGAGGUAUUACCUUGCUGAUGGUAUCUACCCAAAUUGGGCAACACUUGUCCAAUCAAUUAGACAUCCUGAGAAUGCAGCAGAGGAGUAUUUUUCCACCAAGCAAGAGGCAUACCGUAAGGAUGUUGAAAGGGCUUUUGGGAUUCUUCAAGCUCGAUUUGCAAUCAUUAGGCAACCAGCAAGAGGGUGGAGUCUAGCAAAACUUAACUCCAUCAUGAUGACAUGCAUAAUAUUGCACAACAUGAUUGUGGAAGACGAACGGGAUGACUACUAUGAUGGAGAGUCAAAUGACGAAGAUUCUGAUCCAAAUAGGUCAAGGAGAGCCCGUGCAUUGAUAUAUGAUGGAGCUGAGUUACCUCGGGAUCCAAGAACAUGUAGAAUCUCCAUGGAAUUAUACGUGAGUCGAUAUAGAGCAAUACGUUGUCCUGUUGCAAACAAUGGCUUACGAGAAGACCUUGUUGCACAUCUCUGGAACAUACGAGGGCAAGAACAAUGA